UGUUGCCAUUUAAAGCUGUCGGUAGCAUUCAGUUGGCUGCCCCAUUUAACCUGUCAUCAUUAAUAGAGACGGGAAGCGAAGACAGUUAUUAUCAGGAUUUCAUUCACUGUCAAAAAGCAGGAGAGCUCUCAGACUGCAGCUAUCAGAACCUUAGCAGUCGCAGAAGCUAGGAGGAUAAUACAAAUGUCAAAGAGGUGGGAGUGAAAGAACAGUUACAUUGUUGGGCUGAGUUUGUUGCCAGAGAGAGAGAGAGAGAGAGAGAGAGAGAGAGAGAGAGAGAGAGAGAGAGAGAGAGAGAGAGAGAGCGAGAGAGAGAGCGAUAGAGAAGAGAGGCCCCAGGAGUCAAGGUUAGAAGAUGUUCGGGCAGCAGUGAGGAUACUGAGAUGGGGAAGUGAGGGCCUGGGUCACCGUGGAUGGUUGGCCUGCUGCGUGUCUUGGGGCUGGGAGUGGAACCAUUUUGUGCAAGUGUGUGGAUGUGUGGUGAGUGCUGGAGCAAGACUUUCUCUGCGUGGCAUGGAGGUAUUGCCAUCAGAGAGUCAGCAAAGGUAGUUGACCAAGCCCAAAGGAGAGUGUUGAGGGGAGUUGAUGACCUUGACUUUUUCAUAGGAGAUGAAGCCAUCGAUAAACCUACGUAUGCUACAAAGUGGCCGAUACGACAUGGAAUCAUUGAAGACUGGGAUCUUAUGGAAAGGUUCAUGGAGCAAGUGGUUUUUAAAUAUCUUCGAGCUGAACCUGAGGACCAUUAUUUUUUAAUGACAGAACCUCCACUCAAUACACCAGAAAACAGAGAGUAUCUUGCAGAAAUUAUGUUUGAAUCAUUUAACGUACCAGGACUCUACAUUGCAGUUCAGGCAGUGCUGGCCUUGGCGGCAUCUUGGACAUCUCGACAAGUGGGUGAACGUACGUUAACGGGGAUAGUCAUUGACAGCGGAGAUGGAGUCACCCAUGUUAUCCCAGUGGCAGAAGGUUAUGUAAUUGGAAGCUGCAUCAAACACAUCCCGAUUGCAGGUAGAGAUAUUACGUAUUUCAUUCAACAGCUGCUAAGGGAGAGGGAGGUGGGAAUCCCUCCUGAGCAGUCACUGGAGACCGCAAAAGCCAUUAAGGAGAAAUACUGUUACAUUUGCCCCGAUAUAGUCAAGGAAUUUGCCAAGUAUGAUGUGGAUCCCCGGAAGUGGAUCAAACAGUACACGGGUAUCAAUGCGAUCAACCAGAAGAAGUUUGUUAUAGACGUUGGUUACGAAAGAUUCCUGGGACCUGAAAUAUUCUUUCACCCGGAGUUUGCCAACCCAGACUUUAUGGAGUCCAUCUCAGAUGUUGUUGAUGAAGUAAUACAGAACUGCCCCAUCGAUGUGCGGCGCCCGCUGUAUAAGAGACAUGACAAGUAAUUGCACAGUCUUACCCUGCACUGGACUCUGGACUGGAGAGAAAAAAAAUGCCUUAAAGAAUAUUAAUAAAUCAAGUAGCAAAAUGGGAAUAGGAACAGCAGAUUAAAGUUUUGUAUUAAUGUUAAGUUUAUGGACUCCAGCCUGGGCGACAGAGCGAGACUCCGUCUCAAAAAAUAAAUAAAUAGCCCUCCCCCUCCCCCUCCCCCUCUCCCUCUCCCUCUCCCCACGGUCUCCCUCUCCCACUCUUUCCACGGUCUCCCUCUGAUGCCGAGCCGAAGCUGGACGGUACUGCUGCCAUCUCAGCUCACUGCAACCUCCCUGCCUGAUUCUCCUGCCUCAGCCUGCCGAGUGGCACGCCGCCACGCCUGACUGGUUUUCGUAUUUUUUUUGGUGGAGACGGGGUUUCGCUGUGUUGGCCGAGCUGGUCUCCAGCUCCUAACCGCGAGUGAUCGGCCAGCCUCGGCCUCCCGAGGUGCCGGGAUUGCAGACGGAGUCUCGUUCACUCGGUGCUCAAUGGUGCCCAGGCUGGAGUGCAGUGGCGUGAUCUCGGCCCGCUACAACCACCUCCCAGCCGCCUGCCUUGGCCUCCCAAAGUGCCGAGAUUGCAGCCUCUGCCCGGCUGCCGCCCCGUCUGGGAAGUGAGGAGCGUCUCCGCCUGGCUGCCCAUCGUCCGGGAUGUGAGGAGCCCCUCUGCCUGGCUGCCCAGUCUGGAAAGUGAGGAGCGUCUCUGCCCGGCCGCCAUCCCAUCUAGGAAACGAGGAGCGCCUCUUCCCGGCCGCCAUCACAUCUGGAAAGUGAGGAGCGUCUCUGCCCGGCCGCCCAUCGUCUGAGAUGUGGGGAGCACCUCUGCCCUGCCGCCCUGUCCGGGAUGUGAGGAGCGUCUCUGCCCGGCCGCCCCGUCUGAGAAGUGAGGAGCCCCUCCGCCCAGCAGCCACCCCGUCUGGGAAGUGAGGAGCGUCUCCGCCCGGCAGCCACCUCGUCCGGGAGGGAGGUGGGGGGGUCAGCCCCCCGCCCGGCCAGCCGCCCCGUCCGGGAGGGAGGUGGGGGGGUCAGCCCCCUGCCCGGCCAGCCGCCCCGUCCGGGAGGGAGGUGGGGGGGUCAGUCCCCCGCCCGGCCAGCCGCCCCGUCCGGGAGGGAGGUGGGGGGGUUAGCCCCCCGCCUGGCCAGCCGCCCCGUCCGGGAGGUGAGGGGCGACUCUGCCCGGCCGCCCCUACUGGGAAGUGAGGAGCCCCUCAGCACGGCCAGCCGCCCCGUCUGGGAGGGAGGUGGGGGGGGUCAACCCACCGCCCAGCCUGCCGCCCUGUCUGGGAGGGAGGUAGGGGGUCAGCCCCCCGCCUGACCAGCCACCCCGUCCGGGAGGGAGGUGGGGGGGUCAGCCCCCCGCCGGCCAGCCGCCCCAUCCGGGAGGGAGGUGGGGGUUCAGCCCCCCACCUGGCCAGCCGCCCCAUCCGGGAGGUGAGGGGCGCCUCUGCCCGGCCGCCCCUACUGGGAAGUGAGGAGCCCCUCUGCCCGGCCAGCCGCUCCGUCCGGGAGGGAGGUGGGGGGGUCAGCCCCCCGCCCGGCCAGCCGCCUCGUCCGGGAGGUGAGGGGCGCCUCUGCCCGGCCGCCCCUACUGGGAAGUGAGGAGCUCCUCAGCACGGCCAGCUGCCCCGUCUGGGAGGGAGGUGGGGGGGGUCAGCCCACCGCCCAGCCUGCCGCCCUGUCUGGGAGGGAGGUGGGGGGUCAGCCCCCCGCCUGACCAGCCACCCCGUCCGGGAGGGAGGUGGGGGGGUCAGCCCCCCGCCGGCCAGCCGCCCCGUCCGGGAGGGAGGUGGGGGUUCAGCCCCCCACCUGGCCAGCCGCCCCAUCCGGGAGGUGAGGGGCGCCUCUGCCCGGCCGCCCCUACUGGGAAGUGAGGAGCCCCUCUGCCCGGCCAGCCGCCCCGUCCAGGAGGGAGGUGGGGGGAGGUCAGCCCCCUGCCCGGCCAGCCGCCCCAACCGGGAGGUGAGGGGCGCCUCUGCCCGGCCGCCCCUACUGGGAAGUGAGGAGCCCCUCUGCCCGGCCACCACCCCGUCUGGGAGGUGUACCCAACAGCUCACUGAGAACGGGCCAUGAUGACAAUGGCGGUUUUGUGGAAUGGAAAGGGGGGAAAGGUGGGGAAAAGAUUGAGAAAUCGGAUGGUUGCCGUGUCUGUGUAGAAAGAGGUAGACAUGGGAGACUUUUCAUUUUGUUCUGUACUAAGAAAAAAUUCUUCUGCCUUGGGAUCCUGUUGAUCUGUGACCCUACCCCCAACCCUGUGCUCUCUGAAACAUGUGCUGUAUCCACUCAGGGUUGAAUGGAUUAAGGGCGGUGCAAGAUGUGCUUUGUUAAACAGAUGCUUGAAGGCAGCAUGCUCGUUAAGAGCCAUCACCACUCCCUAAUCUCAAGUACCCAGGGACACAAACACUGCGGAAGGCCGCAGGGUCCUCUGCCUAGGAAAACCAGAGAACUUUGUUCACUUGUUUAUCUGCUGACCUUCCCUCCACUAUUGUCCUGUAACCCUGCCAAAUCCCCCUCUGUGAGAAACACCCAAGAAUGAUCAAUAAAAAAUAAUAAAUAUUAAAAAAAUAAAUAAAAAUAAAAAAAUAAAAAAAUUUUAAAAAAUUAAAUAAAUAAAUAAAUAAUUUAAAAAUUAAAAAAAAAAAGUUUAUGAAGUUGGUAGUUGUACUG